GAGAUGACAUUUGCGUUAGUGUAAUAAGGCAGGGCGCAGGGUAGGGAAUUAGAGCAAAUCUGAAAUAAUUAUUAUAAUUCCGGAUAGAUUACUCUCAGGCAAAUAACUGGAUUGAAUGUUUUACUCUUGCACUUUUAAAAACCAAAUGUUUAAAUUACUACGGAUAGUCAAAUAUUAUACAUAUUUCAUAUUGUAAAUGUCCAGCAGUUUAUCUGUUCCCUGAAUUUUUAAUCAUUGAAUAUUGACUACCUGAAAAAAAAUGCAUAAUUUAAAUACAUAAUUGAUAUAUUAAUUAUUCCUGUUCAGAUAUGAUUACUUUGGAAGUGAUGUAUCAUAUACUGAGAGUAGUUUUGUAUAAAUUGUGGGUUGUGUCCACAUUGACUUUAUUUUCUAGUGUGCUUAUUUACUGGUUCUAUGGAUUUUUCACUUCAGUUGCUAUUUUUGUGAUUGGCAUGUCUGGAAUUUUAUAUAAUGCACAAGACCUUUUACUGUAUUAUCCAAACGAUCCACCAGACUCCAGGGCUUUUGUGCUGCAGCCAAGCAAUUACAAAUUACCAUAUGAGAGCAUCAAGAUAAUUAACAAAGAUGGGUUCAAAAUUCAUAUGUUUUUGAUUAAACAAACUAAUACCAGCAACAACCGGCCUACCAUGGUUUUCUUUCAUGGCAAUGCAGGCAACAUGGGGCAAAGGUUAUCAAAUGUCACUGGUUUCUAUCACAAACUGAAUAUAAAUAUACUAAUGGUAGAAUACCGAGGAUAUGGAUUGUCAGAGGGAACACCAUCAGAAAAUGGCCUCUAUAUGGAUGCCCAAUGUGCUGUGGACUAUUUAUUGCAGAGGUCAGAUGUUGAUCCCACCAAAAUAAUUCUUUUUGGUAGAUCACUAGGAGGGGCUAUUGCUAUAGAUUUAGCUUCAAGGCUGGAGUACCGGAGUAAAAUUUGGGCAAUUGUGGUUGAGAACACAUUCACCAGUAUACCAGACAUGGCUCAGAUUAUACUCAAAUGGAGAUGCCUGUUAUGGCUGCCACAAUGUUGCCAUAAAAAUAAGUACAUGUCACUGAAGAAAAUGAGCCACAUACUUACUCCCACGCUUAUCAUUUGCGGAUCCAGCGACACCCUCGUCCCCCCAUCUAUGGCUAAAGAGUUAUACAUGAAAUGUGGCGCUUUAUGCAAGAAGCUGGUCGUGAUGCCAGGCGGUGGUCAUGACGACACCUGGACCUGCAGGGAUUAUUACACUUCUAUCCAAUACUUCCUGGCCAAUGUACCCCCACUACCUGACAACAUUGGCCCCUAUUUUGAUAGUGUAAACCAGGAUCCAGCCAAUAGACAUAGCCUGGUCCAUACAGUGUAGACUUACAAAUAAAUUAUUUUUAAAUUUUGGUUAUAUGAAAUAGUUACCCAAGAGUACUAUUAUCAUGUGAGGCAAAGAUUUUAUAUGAAAUAGUUACCCAAGAGGUACUAUUAUCAUGUGAGGCAAAGAUUCAAUGUGUUGGAUUAUAAAAUUCCAAAUAUUUUGUAUUGAUAUCAGAUGUGUAUAAUUUUUAAGUAAAUUUUGGUAAGACAUUGUAUGUAACAAUUUGAUGAUUCGAUGAUUUACAGGUUCUAGGCCCAUGUUGCAUUUAAUAAAUCUGUUUUAUGGGCCAAUAUUUUUUCAAAUGUAAGUGGAUUAGAAUGUACUAUGUGUAAGUAGAUUUGCUGUCACGAAUUUGUUCUUUAUUACGACCGAGUCUGUGGAUUCAUUACUUGUCAGUAUUAGUAGUUAAGAGAGAAAUUCCCGCCUACAAUUUCGUGAAUAGAGUACAUGAAAAAUCUGGCCAAUGUAAAAAAGAAAUAUUUUACGAUUAGAUAUUAAUAUAUUUUGGUAGCAAAAUAAAGUUAGCGGGGUAUGUAGAAGUCGAAGUUCAUUUUUAUCUUACACAAAAUUGGAAAUAUGUAGUAUAAAAUUUAAAGCACAAACAUUAACAUCGUUAGCAGGUUCAAUACCAUGUAAUAUUGUAAUGUAUAUAAUUGAUUUCAACAUAAUAAAUGAAUGUGAUUUAUUCUAUCGAAGUCGUAGGUAGCUUUGAUCUUAUAUAGAUUUUUAAACAUUUAUGUGUACAUGUUUUUAUUUGUGUAUAUUUCAUUAUUACAGACUAGUAAUUACACAUUAUUGGCCCUCUAUUUUAUUAGCAUUGACUAAAAAUUUAGCCUAGAUGAGGCACCAAAAGCUACAUUUUAUGCAAAAGUAUCAAAUGCGUCAACAAUGAUAUCGAAGAUAAUAUAUUUCGUAGGCUGUAACAUGCACAGAAAUAACAAAAUCAUUUGAAACUUACAUAUCUUAAACUUUGAAUGUUAGUUUAGUGAUUAUUAUAGCAAUAACUCUGGUAUUUUAAAUGUAUGUAGGCACCCAUGCUGAUCUGAUUAAAGUAAAUAAUGAAGUAUAAAAGCAACCAUGUCCUAUAUAGUGACUGUAGUGUUUGACUUGUUAAAUGUUACUUAAUGUUCAAUUAUACGCGACUUUGUAGUAAGGUGGUUAUGGUGCCAAACUUCGAAAGUAUAUAAAUCAUGUUUUCAUUCGUGUGCAUGACUUCAGAUGUUUUUUAACUUUAUCGAUGACAAACUGUUACACAUUUUAAAAUCUUGCUAUUAUGUAGUAUUUCGGUAUACUAAGCUGAUUACUAAAUGCUGAGCCGCACGAAAAUUCAUGUUAUUCACAUAUUUUGGUGUAUUUUAGCUAUCUUCAGGUGACAUUCUGUGCGCAAUCAAAAAUAUGUUCAAAUUUUAUGAAUGAAAAUAUUUUUGUAAAAAUAGUAGUUUUAUUGAGAUGUUGUCAUUUAAAUACAGAAACAAAAAGAAAUUUCCUAAAA